GAUAAGAAAUAUUAUAUGGAGAAAUGUUAUUGUUGUGAUAAACAUCUCGAAGAUAUAUUUUAUUAUUGUUCGCCAUGCGAUUUUGCUAUGAAGAUAGCAUGUGUGGAGAAACAACCACUCUUGUCAGUACACCAUCUCAAGUGGCACGAGCAUACACUUUCUCUAUUUCCAAGACACACUUCUUUAACUUGCGACGCAUGCGCCUUGACCCAUUCGACCUGUCAUUUCUACGUAUGUCCUCCUUGUGACUUUGUGAUCCAUCAAAGUUGCAUUAGCUUACCGCGGGUCAUAAGAAUAUCUCGUCAUCCCCAUCGAAUAUCCUUUACCCCUUCUUUCGACCAACGAGACUGGUUUUGUAGCAUAUGUCGUCAGAAGAUCGACAAUCGUUAUGGAGGUUAUUCUUGCUUCAACGGAAGUUGUUCCUAUGCAGCACAUUCAAGAUGUGCCACACAGAGCAAUGUGUGGGAUGGCAUAGACCUUGAGGGAGUGCCAGAAGAAAUCGAAGAAGAAAAUGAGCCAUUUGUGAUAAUAAGCAAUGGAAUCAUUCAACAUUUUAGCCAUGGACAACAUCAUCUCAGACUUGAAGAUAGCGUAUGGGGAGAUUAUGACGAGAGUAAGCUGUGUCAAUCAUGCAUCACACCAGUAUAUUUCGGUAACUUCUACUCAUGUAUGCAAUGCAAAUUUAUACUCCAUGAAAAGUGUGCUAACCUCUCUCGAAAAAUAUAUCAUCCGAUACAUCCACACAUGCUCACUCUAGUGGGAGGAUAUGGCAAUGUGCAAAUUUUAAAAGAUUGUUGUUCAGCUUGUCAAUGGAUAUGCAGAGGUGCUUUCGUCUACGAGUGCAAAAAACAAGGAUGUCGUAGUUUUAGGCUAAACGUGCAGUGUGCCACAAUUUCGGAACCAUUAGUCUAUAAAGGUCAUAUGCAUCCUUUAUUCCUAACAUCCAAGCCACUGGAGGGAAGAAAGUGUUCGGUUUGCGAAAAUUAUACGAUGACAUUCAAUUGCAUUGAGUGUGCGUGUGACUUUGCUUUGUGUUUUAGAUGUGCUACUAUACCUCAAAAUGUGAGGUAUAAGCAUGAUGAGCACAUGCUCACUCUUUCUUAUGGGGAGGAGACAAUAAAGAACUGGUGUGAAGCUUGCGAGAAAAGUAUAAAUCCAAAGAAGGGGUUUUACAAGUGUGAUGAGUAUUGUUGUGUCACUUUACACAUCAAAUGUCUGCUUGGGAAUGAGUUAUAUAUAAAUCCUGGUUAUUCAUCAUAUGCCAGCAAUGGUGAAAAGGUACUUGUUAUGCCCAACAAUCAACAUAUGUCUCGACCUCUUUGCUCCCAUUGUAAGAAGCGUUGUUUACGAAAACUGGUUUUCAAAGUUUCUAGAUUUAUAUUUUGUUGUAGAAAUUGUGUAUCUGAUCAUAUGUAUUUAUCUCUAUGA